AAAUCAAUGGAAAUUUAAUCGGAUGGCAAUCAGAACAAUCAACUGGAAAUCUAGUAGAUUCAUUAAGUGAUACAUGUCGUUCAGUAUCUCAAUCAAAUAUAGUUGGUAUAAUUGGUCCAGAAUUAUCAAGAGAAGCAGUUAUAAUAUCUCCGGUUGGUCAAUCUCUUGGUAUACCAGUUAUAGCAUAUAGUGCAACCAGUCCUGAUUUGUCUGAUAAAAUUGCCUAUCCAAAUUUUUACCGAACAGUUCCGCCAGAUAAUACAGCUGCAAAAGCUCUUAUUACCCUACUCAAUAGAUAUGAUUGGACAUCAUGUGUAAUAAUUUAUCAAAAUGAUGCAUUUGGAUCUGGUGGAUCAAAAGCUAUAAGUGAUGCAUUUUAUAGAAGUGGAUUGACGAUAACACAAAUGAUUCUAUUUGAUAUAGCAAAACGUAGUUUUCGUGUUGAUUUACAAAAUACUUUAAUGAAUUCUCCAACACGAAUUAUUAUAGUAUAG